AUGGGAAUUCCAGGAUUUUCUAGUUGGUUACAAAACAAAUAUCCAACGAUUGUUAAAUCGUGUGUUCAGGUUGCAGAUGGUCAACCUACUUCAAACCCAAGUGGAAUUGAAGUCGAUAAUCUUUAUUUAGAUAUGAAUGAGAUAUUUCAUUUAUCUGCAAAAAUAGACGAUUCAUCAGUAUCAAAGAAUGAAGAUGAAAUUAUUAGAAGAAUCUUCCAAAGUAUUGAUAAAAUAUUUUCAAUUGUUCGCCCACGUAAAUUACUCUAUAUGGCUAUGGAUGGUGUUGCACCAAAAGCGAAAAUGCAUAAUCAACGUUCCAAGCAUUUUCUUGAUGCGCGAACGCAUGUCUUUAAAGCUGGGGAAUUCAAUAAAUGUGAUAUAAAACCUGGUACAAUAUUUAUGUCAAAAUUAUCCGAACAUCUUCGAUCUUAUAUUUAUAAUCGGAUGAAUAAAAAUCCAGCUUGGAGUUCAAUAAUAGUUAUAUUAUCGGAUGCAAAUGUACCUGGUGAAGGUGAACAUAAGAUAAUGGAUUUUAUACGUACACAGAAACCUCACAACUUGAAGACAUCUCACGUUUUGCUUAGUGGUGAUUCUGAUGUGGUAUUACUUGGCUUAACACUCCAUUCAGAUUAUGUUCAAAUAAUGCAAAGAAUAGACAAAACAGAAUCAUACAGACUUCUAGAAUUAAAAGUAUUACGUGAAGAAAUCAAGAAUGAUAUACAAAAAAAUUUACCAAUAUCAAGAGGUCGAGAUGUUGAAAGAAUAAUUGAUGAUUGGAUAUUUAUGUGCUUUUUGGCUGGAAAUGAUUUUCUUCCAAACUUACUAUGCAUUGAAUUCUAUAAAUAUGAUAAUAUUAGUAUUCUUAUCAAUGGCUAUAAAGAAUAUGUAUUCAAAGAGAAUGGUUAUUUAAUAGAAGAUAUGAAACCGAAUUUGACGAAUCUAAAAAUUCUUUUACAACCUAUUGCUGAGCUAGAAUAUGAUCAGAUCACGUUCCUUCUAAAUCAGAAUCCAGCAUUAUUACAAACAUCAUCAAGAUAUUUGGAAGAACUUAACAUUGAUUUGUCUUUACUCGGCUAUUGUAGAAAACUAGCACCAAUUUCCGAUCGCUCAUCUGUAGAAUUUCGCCCACCACCAUUUCAAAAAUCAAAAAAUCCAUCACGUUGUAACGAGAAUAAUGCCGGUAACCCAUCAUCUACGGUAUCAAAAAAUAAUAGUUCAAAUGAUACUACUCAGUUCAAGAAGGAUGAUUGGUAUCGAUACAGAUUUGAUUUUAGAAAACAUGAGUUAGUAGAACGUUCUAUUGAAGUUGCUAAACAUUAUGCUGUAGGUUUAUGUUGGAUGCUUCACUAUUAUUACAAAGGCGUACCAUCAUGGGAUUGGUAUUAUCCAUACUAUUAUCCUCCACUUGCUUCUACAUUUUCAAAUGUUGAAAAUAUAUCUGUCGAUUUUGUUGCAAAUUCAAAGCCAUUGAAACCAUUAGAACAAAUGAUGGCUACAUUUCCACCACAAUAUGCACAUUAUCUACCAGAGAAAUGGCGAUUAUUGAUGUUGGAUAUAAGCUUACCAAUUAAUCGCUUUUGGCGAACAGAUUUUGUCGUUGAUCCUAAUGGUAAACCUCACGAGAAACAAGGUGUUGUUAAGCUACCAUUUGUUGACAACAAAGAGUUGCUUGCAGCUCUUAAAGAUCUUGAAGCUCGUGAAGUUCUUGAAUCUGGUAAUUCAACGUUAACAGCAGACGAAAAAAGACGUAAUAGAUGUGACGAUGAUCGUCUGUUUAUUCAUUCAACAAAUUCAUGUUAUGCGCAAUUCAAUAGAAUAUCCAUACAUAAUGAAAAUUUAAUAACAUUAAGUGAAAAUAUGAGUGGGCAAAUCUUACUUGGUGAUGAUGAUGAUCAAUUUAUGUCUGUCGGUAAAACUAUAGUUGCUCCAGAUCCUGGUCAUGGAAGCGGCAUAGAAAAUAAUCAAGUUCUUUCUGUUAAAUAUCGAAAUCAAAUAACAUGA